AUAAAACUAUAUAUUUUUUAUUUGUCUUGGUUGGAUUUUGUUCUCGUGGGUUACUUCAGAGAACCUCGAGACCCUGUCUUGUCUUUAUGCUUCAGAAGCUAAAAAUCAAAAGCAUCUCCCAAACCCAAGAUUUGAAGCUCCUUCAAUGGCUGCCCUUCUUCUCCUUUUCCUUUUCCUCUUUGCAAGUUCUGCUCUCUCCCAAGAUUCUUUAAUCGGUGUGAAUAUCGGCACGGAAGUGACAAACAUGCCAAGUCCAACACAAGUAGUCGCACUCCUCAAAUCACAGAACAUCAACCGUGUACGCCUCUACGACGCAGACCGCUCUAUGCUUCUUGCUUUUGCUCACACUGGCGUUCAAGUUAUCAUCUCAGUACCAAACGACCAGCUUCUCGGUAUCAGCCAAUCUAAUGCAACCGCAGCCAAUUGGGUCACUAGAAACGUUGCCGCUUAUUACCCUGCAACCAACAUUACCACAAUCGCUGUCGGAUCAGAAGUUCUAACCAGCCUACCAAACGCAGCUUCUGUCCUUGUCUCAGCCCUCAAAUACAUCCAAGCUGCUCUCGUCACCGCCAAUCUUGACCGUCAGAUCAAAGUAUCAACGCCGCACUCUUCAACCAUCAUUCUUGAUUCUUUCCCUCCUUCGCAGGCUUUCUUUAACAAGACUUGGGAUCCAGUUAUUGUUCCUCUCCUCAAAUUCCUACAGUCCACGGGAUCACCAUUGCUGCUCAACGUUUAUCCGUAUUUUGACUAUGUUCAGUCCAAUGGAGUUAUACCGCUUGACUACGCACUUUUUCAGCCUCUCCAAGCCAACAAAGAAGCUGUAGACGCUAACACAUUGUUACAUUACACAAAUGUUUUUGAUGCAAUCGUUGAUGCCGCUUAUUUUGCAAUGUCCUAUCUUAACUUCACCAACAUUCCAAUCGUGGUCACAGAAUCUGGAUGGCCAUCUAAAGGAGGCCCGUCUGAGCACGACGCAACUGUAGAGAACGCAAACACUUACAAUAGCAAUUUGAUCCAGCACGUAAUCAACAAGACUGGAACGCCAAAACACCCCGGAACUGCAGUUACUACUUACAUCUACGAGCUUUACAAUGAAGAUUCGAGGCCAGGACCUGUAUCUGAGAAGAACUGGGGGCUGUUUAAUACAAACGGAACUCCGGUUUACACUUUGCGUUUGGCAGGUGCUGGUGCAAUUCUGGCAAAUGAUACAACAAAUCAAACAUUUUGUAUAGCGAAGGAAAAGGUUGAUAAAAAGAUGCUUCAGGCAGCUCUUGAUUGGGCUUGCGGUCCAGGGAAAGUUGAUUGCUCCGCACUGAUGCAGGGAGAGUCCUGUUAUGAACCCGAUGAUGUGGUUGCACAUUCUACUUAUGCGUUUAAUGCUUAUUACCAGAAGAUGGGGAAAGCUUCAGGAAGCUGUGAUUUCAAGGGAGUUGCUACAGUCACUACAACUGAUCCAAGUCGAGGAACAUGCGUGUUCCCUGGAAGUGCGAAAAGCAAUCAGACACUUGGAAACAACACCACGGCAUUGGCCCCUUCAGCGAACUCUACAACCUCUGGAUGUAUCCCAAAGUACUAUCACCCUCACGCAUCUUUCGCUGACUUAACAUUACUCUCCCUUCUACUGAUCGUUGCCUUAGUAUUCUUGUAGAAACUCUGAAAGAACAACAACUCUCGAUUCUUGUUUCUCUAAAUUUUAGCUUCUUUCUUUGCAACACUUGAGACAAAAAGAGCUCGGUGGUUUUGUACUCUCUGUGUCUAGCUGUCUACCCAGUUUUGUUGACCAGCUUCUUUAACAAGAAGUUCAUUGAGGGUAGCCUGUAGGUUCGGCUUCAAGAUCAUCAAUGAUUGUAACUAAUUCCUGUGUUGAAAGCUUGAUUCUUUCUUUUUA